CAUUCCCUUCCACCGCGAUUCCAUAACGGGAUUUCCUCCUCUGCCCCCUUGAGCGGCUAUCAUUACACUAGCAGAGCCAAAACAAUUCGGGAGGAGAAGGCACGAGUACAAUGACUGCUGAAAUCAUAAAAGACAUCUCCCAGCCCGACUCACCUGUCUCCUCAGCACCAGAAAACGGACAGCUGUUGUUCAUCCGAAGCGUCGCGCCCAGGAGGGACACGCAGACCACCAGCGGCAGCGCCAACCUCGAGGAGGGCAGCUCCCAGCCCCUGGUCUCCUCUUCAGCCACAGCUCAGCCUCAGUCUUACACCAUGACAUCGGGCGAAUUCAUGCAGUCCACCCCUCUGUUCGUGCAGAGGUCUAAUAAGAACCUGUUUUAUAAGAUCUUGUGUUUCCUCGUGCUCGUUCUCCAAGGAGGCAUGCUGGAUUUCUACCUCAUCAUCUUCACGGAUCUCUACUGGUGCUCGUGGAUAGCCACGGAUCUGGUGGUCAUAUCGGGAUGGGCGAUCUUCUUCAUGAAAAACGCCAGGAGUAAGCGAGAACGAGCUUGUGGUUUCCAUCAGAAGAGCUCCAUCUUCGGAUGCAACCUCGGGGAGUUCACCUUCGCGUACCUGGCAUGGCUUAUCUACGUGAUCGCGUCCACCCCAAAAGUGGUGCUUGUUCUGGAAACGUCCAUCCUGGAUCUGAUCGCACUGAAGGUGCCAUUUGGCAUCACCGGUUUUAAAAUAACCAUGCUGCUGUGCGCGCCUUUGCUUUACUGCCUCAUCAACUCCAUCAUUGAAGAUCCCAACGGCGCCACGCGCUUUCACUCCCAAGGCUGCUUCAUGAGCACCUGCUUAGACAUCCUGGACAGCUUCACGCUGGUGGAACUGCUCCUUAAAAACGAAGUCCCCAACAUAUACCUUAGGUACACGGUUAUAUCCGCGUAUUUCAUCGCACUGGGCGUUCCAGUUGUUUGGCUGUACGAGUUGACGGCCUCAGAGAUGAACUGUCGCUGGAUAUGGGCGAGGUUCUUCACCGGCGUGCUGCUCAACGCACCGCUCUUGGUGGUCAGAUGUUUCCUCGUCUUUGUUUACAAAACGCCCAUAUCGGUUUUUAUGUUCAAGAACAUCUUCUUCUUGGGGUGUAAGUGCCUGGAGCUGGUGGAACAAUGCAUGUCCUUGAGAGGUGUCCGCAGGUUUGCACGUGGACGCGGGGGCAACCCAGCCCAGUUCUCCCACUGCGUUUCCGAAAACGACAUGUGUCCUCACGGCUAUGUGAACACGCUGGCGGUCAAUACUCAGUCGUAGAUGCUCUUUAGGGACUGGCGUUGACCGGAGGCCACGUACUACACAGUGUGCAUCAGCCCUUCUAAGGGGAGGUACUACAUGUGCUAACAUUCCUUUCCUUUUAAUCAAAAUACAGAUAAAAACACACAAACCAAUUAAUAAAAUGUAUUGUGACGAUGCUUUGUAAAAGUACAGAUUAUGAGGAGCGUUAAAAUCGAUGAAACGUAGUGUAGCCUACUUUUUAGUGCUUUACACUCUUAAAAAUAUAGGUGUUAUUGCGAUGCCAUGCAUAGAAGAACCAUUUUUGGUUCCACAAAGAACCAUCCAGUCAAAGAACUUGAUCUCUUUCUUAGCCUACCUUUUUUAUAAUCUGAAGAAUAUUCAGAUAUUAAAGGUUUUUUAUGUAACCAUUUAGACAAAAAAUCUUCUAUGACAUUGGGAAGCUCCUUUAUUUUUAAGAGUGUAUUUUAGAAUUAUAAAGUAAUUUGUUUAUAACGUCUUAACAGUUUGCUAAUUGGGGCGAUCAUUACUGACAGAAAUGCAGUGCGCAAAAUUAGCUAUCAUGUAAUUAGAUUUUCACAGGUGUGCAUAAUGUAACUAGUGAUCUCCACAAAAUAAUGUGUAUAUGUGAUUAACUAAUUGUCUGCUAAUUGUCAGACUUGUUUGCAAAAGGUUGUUCAUUUAGCAAAUUAAUAAAACAACUACAAAACUCUGACAAUUACCAACAAAUGCAACAUUAGGAUUCUGUUCAAAACAUGAAAAAUUAAGUUUAUUAUUAGGUGUUGGCCUAAAUCCAAAAUAUCAUUUGUGUCAGACAUGCCCAAAAUAGCUGAUUUUCCAUUAUGUACUUGGUGUAUGUGAUACAAAAUCAUAAUAAGUCAAUGUUUAUGACAGUAUUAGCCAAAUCUAAUCAAAAUAUUGGCCUAGAUUUAUGCCUGUAGUACCUCCCCUUAUGAACGCCCCGUCGUUCUCCUCCACUCUCAACAGGUGCUACAACCAAACCACUCAGUGUGCCAAUGAAAAACAUUCCCACCCAUGACCUCUGCAGUAUAUACUUAAUGUAUUGGGACCUGACUGUCAACCAGUGCUUAUAUGACGAUAAGAGAAUCUUUGAUUUGCACUUGUUUUGUGAGGCACUUUAAUUCAGUGUGAGGACUAUUCAACUGAGGAGAAGUUAUAAGUGCAAUGUUGUAUAAUUUAUUUUCUAUGUAAAAAUGUCCUUAAUUGACAGUAGGCUAAUGUAGACACAUGUUUAUAGUGUUUUCAGACACCUUGUCAAGAGAUAUUCCUAAAUGCACUUGUCAAAAGUGUAAAUAUGCCUUGUGACUUGUUAGGCUUGGUGUACACUUCAUGUGAUGUAGCCCUUUCCUAUUUGAAAUACUUUGUCAGUGGCAAUGGUACUUAGGAAUGGGAAAUUGCUGAACGGUGUAUGAUAUGGAUUCGUAAUGUGUCUUGAUGUAAUAAUAGGCUACUUUAAGCAUAGAGUCUAUGAGGAUAGCCUAACUGUAAUCCAUCUUUAAUGACCAAACUCCAUUGCUGGUCCCAACCAGCCAUAUUACCAUCAUCAGUUUGUACAAGGCUACCUCUCUUUACAGAACCUCAUGGUUGAAAUCAUAAACCAGUCAGUUUAUCUGCUCAAUUCCAGAUGAUAUAUCAUUCAUGCCAUUAAAUAAGGUAUGAUUAUCACAAUCAAUAACAUUUUGACCAACCAUGAAUAUUGUUAUAGUGCUGACAGACAGAUUGCGAAUGGACAUCAUCCAUUAAUCUACACGCAGUGCAUCCUUGUCUAAAUCUAAAUAUGUGUAUUUUCAAGCUCAUUAGUUACACUUAUAUUUAAACCAGGAACAAAUAUGUCAAAGCUUAAUAUCCAUGUUUCUCACUCCAAUUCUCCACCUUAAAAGGACAGUUCAUCUAAAAUUGAAAAUUCUGACAUCAUUUAUGCACCCUUGUGUCAUUUCAAACCUGAAUGACUUUCUUCUGUACAACAGAAAAGAAGACAUUUUAAAGAAUGUUUUUGUGCAUAUAAUGAAAGUCAAUGGAGUCCAAACAUUGUUGGUUUGGACCCCACUGACCUUAAUUGUAAGGACAAAAACACAUUUUUCAAAAUAUCUUCUGAAGAAAUAAAUGCAUCCAGUUUUAGAGUGACACCAGUGCGAGUAAUAUUCAUUUUUCGGUGAGCUGUCACUUUAACUGUGAGAAGCAAGCUUGUCCUGUCACUUUUAGUUUUAAAACAGAGUAUUAUAUUUGCUAGUCCAACAUGUAAUUACUAACAAAUGUGCAUCCUAUUCUAACAUAUUAUUACUCUAGUGCUUUGAGGAUUGGGGUACAGGGUGAGCUAAACAUGUUAAAUAUGCAGGCUGAAAGUGCAUUAUGGGAUUUUUGUGCCUCAUUGUGCAGUAUUUAACCUGACAAAUAUAUCACUGCAUACUACGCAUGUUUUUUAAACUAAAGGUUUUAGUGUAUGUACAUAACCUUUUUGAUAAGGAAAGCGACUUCCAACUCCACCUCUCUGUAUUUAUCCACAUAAAUGUUUUACAGAGAAUUUUCUUACAAGGGCUUUAGUUUGCAAUUUAAGUUAUGUUUACAUAAGACAUUAUUUGCACUGCAACCGCUGUAAGGGUCUGGAAGCAUCCUGGUUAAAUUGGUUAAAAAAUAAUUUGUAGUCCAAAAGUUGGAUGAAAUUUGAUGCAAGCAAAGUGAUUGUUUAACUAAAUUAGAAUAAAAAGCACAAAACAGAA